AUGACACCUAUUAUUGCUUCUACUUCUACUCUGGAGGCUCGAAUUCCUAUUGUAGUGGUUGCCCCGACAGUAGUUGAGACUACAAUCCUGGUUACGGCUCCUAAGGAAGAGGUAGAUUGGUAUGUUAACUCUUUGAAGGCUUUCCUUGCUGAUGGAGAGAAACACUAUAAGAAGGGUGAAAUGUUGGAGCAUGCACGAGUGUUUUGUCUCGGCCUCACAAUCAUCGAUGACCAACUGGAUCCUUUAGCAGAUGCUUAUGGAAAAGAUGUCGGAAGUGGUUCUGGAGCUUUGGAGUCGGGUGCCAAUGUCUGA